CUUUGUUACUUCGAGAACCAUGCAUUUCAGUUUAUUCUGAUUUUAUUGAUCUUAUAUUUUUCAGAGCAUAAAAUGAAGGGAACAGGAAAAAUGAAAAGUGUUAAGGAAAGUGAACAGAAGGCUUGGAUGGCAACUAGCACAAGGACUGAAAUGAGUUCAAAAACAAUGGAGUACUCAUCUGCUUAUGAAAGUAUAUCUGAAAUAGAAGAAACCUUAGUGGCAUUUAGCAGUAUUGAUCCCAGCCUGGGUGUCAUUAAAGAUAUGCCAAAUGUUGAUACAAAACGCAUAAAAGAAUUAACUCAAAAAUGGAAGGACUUGUCCCAAUUCUCUCAAAACAUGCCUUUAGAAACAUACAUACAAAAAGAUCCAGGUCCAUGUGUUCUGGUUGCAGGUGGCAUAAAUCCCUCAUAUCCUACCGAAUAUUUGAAUGCUGCUGCUAUGUUUGUGUUUAAUCUACUGAAAAAUAAGUGGCAGUAUUUUGGAAUCAUGAUGGAACCUCGCAAUUAUCAUGCUACUUGCUUUUUUCAAGGAAAACUCUUUAUAAUUGGAGGCUACAAUCCCUUGGAGUGUGUUGAUGGCAAGAUGCAGGCUACAGUUAGUACUUUUCAAAUGGAUAUUUCAACUAAGCGUUGGAGAAGAAGAGCUGACAUGCACAUUCCUCGUGCUCAUCAUGGAAUAAUUGUUAUGGAUGAGAAAAUAUUUGUUUUUGGUGGUAGAGACAGUGUGGGCAACAUUCUAGCUUCAGUAGAGAUGUAUGAACCAGAACAAGACAGUUGGAGUCUCCUCCCUCCUAUUCCUGAACCUGUAAUGGGAGCUGCAAUAGCUAGUAAUGAGGGGCUGAUAUAUGUUAUAGGAGGCGUGACUACAUCUAAGAAGGAUCAAUGUAAAAUAAUGCUUUCAAGCAAAAUAUUGUGUUUCAAACCAUUUCAUCACAGUUCUGGUAGAUGGUAUAGAAAAUCUUCACUUCCUUCUCCUCGUGCUUUCUGCCAAGCUGUUACUUUAAAUCAAAAAAUUUGGUUGUGGGGUGGAGCCAUGAUUUCAACAGAAGAAACGCUAAUCAGUAUCAGCACUAUAGAUGCCUUUGAACUUAAAGGAUGUAAACUGAACCAUUGUUUAAAUUUACCAGUUCCAAAACAUUCAGCAUCUGUGGCUAAAAUUGAUGUUUGUUUGCUAAAGGGAGCUUAUCAUAAGGAAACAAGAUUUAAAAAUUUCAUAAAAUUCAAGGCCUUGGAGGCCAAGUCAACUGAAAAGGAAGCUUUGAUGAAGGUCAAAAUUGUAAAUGAAGAUGUGUUACUUGCAGAAACAAUAUGGUGUUUAAAGGUGGCUGCUAGCAAUUAUAGCUUUUGCUCUUGUGAUGGUAUAUCUGACAUGUUCAAAGCUAUGUUUGAUUGUCCAGCUGCAUCAGGAUUCCACUUGGCAAGGACGAAGGUAUCAUACAUGUUAUCAGAUGAGAUAGGCCCUUAUUUUACUGAAGCAUUGGUUGCUUAUGUAAAUUAUUCCAAGACUCCAUUCACACUUCAUUUUGAUGAAGCAACAACAGCUCAAGGGAAGAAACAACUUGACUUGCACAUCAGAUACUGGUCACCAUUUAAGGAUGAAGUCCGAGUUUGUUUCUGUAAAUGCUUGAUGUUUGGUCAUGCCAAAGGAAAAAAUGUAGCCCAGGCUAUCUUUAAGUCUCUCAGUGACAAUAAACUGAAUGGAAAUCUUCUUGUGGCACUGUGUAAUGAUGGACCAAAUGUCAAUAAAACAAUCUGGAAAACAAUGAGCUCUUCUCUUCUAGAAAGUGGCCAUCAUGGUCUGGUAGACAUUGGUUUCUACUAUAUUCACACUGUACACAGUGCAUUUGGACAGGCAAAGGAAACUCUUUCACAAGACAUUCAUGAAUUGGCCAUUGACCUGUUUAUCUUCUUUAAGCAGUCUGCAGAAAGGAAGGAGGAUUACAACAAUGUGCGAGUUGAUAUUGGUGUUGAAGAGUACAUGUUUCAACGGUGUGUGUCAUCUAGGUGGCUUAUUUUGUCACCUGUUGUAGAUAGAAUUCUUGAACAAUGGGAGGCCAUUGAUAAGUACAUAAAAAAGAAAGAGAAAAGAUCAAAUGCCCCCAAACGUGCAGCUUUGAGGAGGAUCUUGAAGCUGAAAAGUCUGGAAACCCUGACUUUGCUUUACUUCAUCCAGGCAGUGGCUCCACUCUUCCACUCAUUCCUGGAGCUUUUCCAAUCAGAAACUCCACAGAUUCACAUUCUGUAUGAUAAACUCAGUGAACUGGUUAGGAGACCUAUGUUGUGGUAUGUAAAGCCAGAGGUAGGUGGAACAAAGGAAGGCAGUGAUUUGUGUGAGGUCAAGCAUUCAGAUGUUAAGAACCAGAUGGAUGAUGAACAUGUGAUUGUUGGUGAACCAACUAGAAAAGCCAUGGAAAAGCUGUCCAGCAGUGAAAAAGAAGCAAAGGAUUCAUUAAGUGUGGGUGAGAAGCUUUUAAAUGAAGGAAAUGACAAAUUGGUUAAGGCUAUCAAGGAAAAAGAUUUUGCUACUGCUAGUGUAGCUCAUACAAUGAUCAAGGCAGGUCAGAAGAAAUGCAAAGAGACCUCAAAAGUUCUUAAAUCAACAAUGGAAUCAAGGCAAACCCUGGUGAUGAAAAGAAAUGAUUAUGAUACUCUGCAAAAUGCUGCUAGGAAAAUUCAGUCAUUUUACCGUCAAAAUCAUUUUAAAAAAAUCACGAAGAAAACCAAGAUGAAUACAAUUGUUGCUUUACAAAAAAUGGAUAGAAUUGACAAUAGAAUCAAUAAAUACCUUACUGAAUACAGACUGUGCAGCCCUCAAAAAGAAGAAAAAGAAGAGUUGAAAGAAUUUUCUGCUCUAAAUAUUAAGGGUUGGCCACCAGAUCCAGACACAACAAAAUCUGUAUUCAAAACUGUUAUUGAUCAAAUAUAUGAACCUUCAGAAGAGAUUGGUUUUCGACAUUACGUCACUUUACCUCUCCAGAUGGAUCCUAACCUUGGAAUAGUUGUAGAAUUGAAAGAAGAUUUCCAACAUGCAAAAAGAGUACUUGGACUACGUGUAGUUGAGCAGGUUCCUCCAUAUGCUUACCGCUUCCAGCCAACAGGUGACAUCCAGGAUAACACCAUUCCUGUUUUACUUGUGUUUGGUGGUAUUAAUCCUCGAGAUCCAAUGAAUACUAUUAAUGGAAGAUGUAUUCUCCAAUACCACCCUCUUAAGGACCGAUGGGAGUUCUUUGGAUUUAUGCCUUAUUCUAGAAAUUAUCAUGCUUCAGUGCUUUAUCAGGAUACUGUCUAUGUAACAGGAGGUUAUGAUCCAGAUAAUCUGUGUUGUGGUGAAAUGGUAGCUACUAAAACAACAUUUGCCUUCAACAUCAAAACACAUGAGUGGACAAGGAAAGCUGAUAUGCUGUGUGCUCGAGCACACCAUGGACUAGUGGUUAUUAAAGACAAACUUUAUGCUGUUGGAGGUAGAGACAGAAAUGGAAGGGUAGUAGCAUCAAUGGAAUCAUACAACCCUAACAUUAAUGCUUGGGAGGUAGAAAGACCAAUGGGUUCUGUAAGGAUGGGAAUGGCUGUUGUAAAUCACAAUGAUGUUUUGUGGGUUCUGGGAGGUAUGAGUUCUCUUCCUUCAAAACAAAAAACUCCUCCAGUGUUGGACAGUGUCUUAUGUUUUGAAAUAUCAAGUAAAGGGUGGUACCAAUGUAAACCUCUUCGUUUUCCCCGGGCUUUUUGUUCUGCAGUAGUUGCAAAGAAAGAGCUCUGGUUAUGUAAUGGUGCUGCAGCUUCUAGUGAUGAAAAGAACUAUCUUGUUAGUACAUCUGCCAUUGAUAUUUUUGAUGUCAACAGCCAAGAUUGGGAACUAAAGAUGUGUAUGUCAUUUCCUCGUCAUUCAGCUGCAACAGUUAUAGUUGAAUCUUGUUUGUACAUCAUUGGUGGCAUGAAUAGUCAUGAACUGGAUGCUCUUACACGGAAUGAGCUGUAUAUGCUGGAUGAAGGCAUUUCAUACACCAUUCGACAGCUUCCUGUUCCACUCACUGGGAUUUCUGCAUUAUCACUUCCUUCAAAGACCUCAAAAUUCCGGACUGAGAGUCUAAGUUGUAUGAUUCGCUACAAACAGGAGAAUUGAAACAUACCAAUUUCAUUUCUGCUAACAUUGUAUUUAUGGAGAUAGGUUCAUUCAAAAUUUUAUUUUUAUGUUAACUUGGUUUGUGUAUGUAUGUAUGAAUAUCUAUUAUUGAAUAUUCUAUUGUCAACAGUAUAUACACUGUGGAUCAUAGUUACUUAAUAGUUACUUGUAAUUUGUCCUAUCAUA